GGCGGGGGAGGAGCUGGGGGGGGCCGCGGUGCCGGGUGCCGUCACCAGACGAUGUUCACCCGGGGGUCUCGGCGCCGACGCUCCUCCCGCCCUCCGCCCGACGAUGCCGACCCUGACCGGGGGCAGCCGUGCCACGCGUGUGGGGACCAGUGUCCCGGCUUCCUGGUGCACGGAUGGAGGAAGAUCUGCCAGCACUGCAAGUGCCCCCGGGAGGAGCACAUGGUGCGGGCGGUGCCCGUCGACCUGGAGCGCAUGAUGGGCCGGCUCAUCUCGGACUUCCAGCGCCACUCCAUCUCCGACGACGACUCGGGCUGCGCCUCCGAGGAGUACGCCUGGGUGCCACCCGGCCUCAAGCCGGAGCAGGUGUAUCAGUUCUUCAGCUGCCUCCCUGAGGACAAGGUGCCCUAUGUGAACAGUCCCGGAGAGCAGUACCGGCUCCGCCAGCUCCUGCACCAGCUGCCCCCCCAUGACAGCGAGGCUCAGUACUGCAGCCCUCUGGAGGAGGAAGAGAAGAAGGAGCUGAAGGUUUUCUCCCAGCAGCGGAAGAGGGAGAAUCUCGGGCGAGGGACGGUCCGGCUGUUCCCGGUCACCAUUACUGGUGCCAUCUGUGAGCAGUGCGGGAAGCAGAUCCGCGGCGGGGACAUCGCGGUGUUCGCCAGCCGGGCGGGGCACGGGGCCUGCUGGCACCCCCAGUGCUUCCAGUGCACGACCUGCCGGGAGCUGCUCGUGGAUCUCAUCUACUUCUACCAGGAGGGGAAGAUCUACUGCGGGCGGCACCAUGCCGAGCGCCUCAAACCCCGCUGCCAGGCCUGUGACGAGAUCAUCUUCGCCGACGAGUGCACGGAGGCCGAGGGCCGCCAUUGGCACAUGCGCCAUUUCUGCUGCUUCGAGUGCGAGGAGGCGCUGGGCGGGCAGCGUUACGUCAUGCGCCAGAGCCGCCCCUUCUGCUGCCGCUGCUACCAGGCCCUCUACGCGGAGUACUGCGACGCCUGCGGGGAGCCCGUCGGCAUCAACCAGGGCCAGAUGACCUACGAGGGCCAGCACUGGCAUGCCACUGAUGCCUGCUUCUGCUGCACCCGGUGCCGGCUGCCGCUGCUGGGCAAACCCUUCCUGCCCAAGGCGGGGCAGAUCUUCUGCUCCCGGGGCUGCAGCCUGGGGGGGGACGACGCCAGCGCCUCGGACUCCUGCGACUCGGCCCUCCACGGCCCCCGCCCCCAGGACGGGCACCGGGCCCCCCCCGCCCGCCGACCACCCGUCGCCCGCUCCAUCUCCUUCGCCGGCCGCACGGCCCCAGCCCGGGGUGCAGACCCCGGCGGGCGGCGCAGCUGGAGCGGGACCCCUGGGGCGGAGGAGGGGGGCGAGCUGGCCGGAUGCACCUCGCGGGGCACCUCCACCUGCCCAGGACCCCCAGAAGAGGAGGAAGGAGGUUCUGAGUCCCGCUUCCUGCGCGGCGUCCCCCACCGACACUCCAUGCCCGAGCUGGGCCUGGCCCCGGCCAAGGGGGCCGACUGGACCAGCAGCUCUGCCUCCAAGCUCUCGGUCUCCCCCCGGCUCAGCCAGGGCCCCCCGCUGGAAGACAGGGGGGCGGGGGGCUUCCCGCGGGGUACCGCCCCCCGGGUGAGCUUCCGGGAGCCCCUGGUGGCAGGAGAGCCGGGGGGGCCCCACAGCAGCCAGCUGCAUCAGAGCCGGCCCCGCACCCGGCCCUGCUCCUCCUCCGACAACGCCCUGCACCUGGCAGGGGAGGGGGAGCCCGAGGGGGGGCUCCCCCCGGAGGAUCAGGGCCGGGGGGGGCGGCCCCUGGUCUGUUCGGCCUCGGAGGGGGCCUUCCUCCCCAGCCACCGGCGCCGCUACCUCCGGGGCCACGGUGGCGCCUGGCGCUGCUACUCCUCCUCCUCCUCCUCCUCCUCGGACUCGGAGGAGGAAGGCUUCUUCCUCGGGGAGCCAAUCCCCCUGCCUCCCCACCUGCGGGGCGGGGCCGGCCCCCCGCUGGCCGCUGCAGCGGGGCCCCCCCGGCAAGGAGGGGGCAAAGGGCACCAGGGGCUGCGCGGGGCUCGGGACAGGAGCUGCGUGGUGGCCUGAGUCGACCUUUGAACUUCGACCCUCCUGCUGGCAACGACCUCUCCCAUGUGACCUGUCCACGGCGGCCUCUGACCUGCACUCGUGACCUUUGAACUUUGACCCCCGGCUGGCAACCUUUGACCUCUGCUUGUAGCCUUCUGUCCUUGCUCACAACUUAUGAGCUUUGACCUCUCCGGUGUGGCCUCUGACCUUUCCUUGUGACCUUUAGACUUUGCCCUCUUUGCUGUGAGCUCUGACCUUUAAUGGUCACCUUCCAUGGAGGACCUUUGAACUUUGACCUUUUCUGGAGUCACCCCUGGGACUCUCAACGAUUGGCUCCUGCAUUGGAACCUCUGACCUUUUGAUCUGUGACCUUUCCAGCUCUAUGACCUUUGUGACCUUUCAUCUGGAAUCCUCAGCCAUUGACCUCUGUGGUGACCUCUGACCUUUGCUGUGAAUGCUCGGUGGUUGGUCUUUCCACUAUGACCGUAACUCGUCACGUAUCACUGGGGACCUUUGGACUUUGACCUUUCUGCUGUGACCUCUGACCUUGUUCACCUGGGAUGUUUGCACUGUGACCUUUCAACUUUAACCUCUGGCCAAGAAUCCUGGGGCAAAGACCUCUCAACAGUGACCUUGACCCUUGUCUUUGCCCUGGGGCUGUGGAAGGUUGGACCUCGCCUGUGUGAUCUUUGACCUCUCCUCAGGGACCUAUGAGCAUUGACCUACCCAUUGUGACCUUUGAACCCUACUCAGGAUCUUUGCAUCGGUGACCUUUGAACUCUGGCACCUUUCCACUGUGGCUGGUUAGAUUUGGUGGUGACCUUUGACCUGCUGGUGGUGAGCUUUCCCUUGUGGCCUUUGACCUUUCCACUGUGCCCCUUGACCUUUGGCUGUGAACUUUGACCUCUAGCCCCUGAAAAAUGCCCUCCCAUUCUCACCCUUUACCUUUGGCUGGGAGCUUUGCACUGUGACUUUGGGGCCCUUGACCUGUUGACUUUUGCGCUUUGACCUUUCACCCCCUCACAUGAUUUUUGGGGGAUCAUCAUUGACCUGUGACUUGUCCAUUGUGACCUUUGAACUUUGAUCUGGGAGGGGGGUCAGCAGGAUUUUGGCUUUUUUUUUGGUGUGUUCCCCCAUUUAGAUCAGGGGUUUUUUGAUUGUUUAAUAGUGGAACAUUUGGGGGGUUCAGUUCCCACCCUCCAGACCCCCUUGGGGGCUGCGCUCGGGGGCAGGUGGAGGGGGGGUUUCAGAGAAUAGGGGGGUACAGUUAUAUGUGGGGGUACACCCUGUACUGGUCUCAGUACAGAAUUGGGGUCCCCAAUGUGUCUGGAAUUUAACCUUCCAAUUUGUUUUUCUCUUAAAGGGUUAAUUUAAAGGGGAAAAAAGCAACCUUUUAAUAAAAGAGCCCUUUAAAACCUGGA